GAAAGAAGGCUAGCUCGCAGGAUGAGAAACGAGAUUGACGCACCGAUAAGCCACUGGACCGUUGCACGACCCGACCGACUGCGGCAAGAGGUCGCGUGUGGAUGUGUGUCCCGACAAAGAAGCGCAAGUUUAGUGACCAAACUUUCCUUGUCGCCGUACCAAGAGAGCAUAGUGGAUCAGCGCAUGGCUUGGCUUCUCUUGGGCCAAAACAUCUGCUCUCCAACUUGUUCCCGCUUCAAAGUUGCUUGUCUCCUCACAUUGUGUUUGUUGUGUCCAGCUCGUCGCCGUGACUGACCGCUUCCUUCUCGUAUGCGGCUCUAGAUCGGGCGUCUGGGAAUGAAAUUUGGCGACUCGCUGCGCCAGCACUCGGUUCCUGAGUGGGCGUACUACAAUGUCGACUACGAUGCUGUGAAGCACUUGAUCAAGGAAUGCACCAGCGCGGGCAAGGGCAAAGCAAUUGCCAUUCCUGGCUGCGACAACGAGGGCGCCGCCAACGGCGAGAACAGACUCUACGCUGUGCUUGUCGCUGAGCACGAGCGUGUCGGCUUAUUCGUCAAGAGCAAGUCCAAUGAGAUUCAAGGACGCCUGACCAACGUUGAACGAGUAUUGAGGAAGCUUCGCUCCCGCAAUGUGAGCAGUGGGUCGGACGUGCCGAGGCCGUACCUCUCGGGCCGCUAUGGCAAGCUUGAGCGUGAGGCCAUCAGCGCUGGCGAGGAGAUUCGUGCUUUGUCGCGAUUUGUCGCUGCGCAGCGCACCGCUUUUAGGAAGUUGCUCAAAAAAUAUAAAAAGUGGUCGGGCUCGACUUCGCUGGAAGAGCGUUUCCGGACCGAGGUUCUGGGCAGAUCGAACAGCUUCACGAACAUGUCGAUGAGUGAAACCUUCGAUCGCUGGACGGACUUGCUUCAGGCAAUCCGUACUGCCAAUGGCUCUGGAGCCUUGCCCGGCCUCACGCCUUUGCAGACCAGCAAGGACCGCCCGUCCUCUCAAGACACGCGAGGGCGGGUGGCUCUGCGAAGCUCUGCAUCUGUUGUCCGACAACUCGAAGAAGCCAUCAAUACUGUGAGCGAUGUGAACUUUGACACGGCCUUCUCUGAAGUCACGAUUGGCGACAAGGGAGCGCGAGCAAUCUACUGGAUCCAUCCAGAGCAGUUGAUUGAAUUGCAGGUUCUACUGCUUCAACACUUUCGACUCUACUUAACAAAACAAACUAUAGAAUCUGCCUCGCCCUUUUCCCAGUCCCCAAUUCUAUCACGCCGUAGCUCUGUGUCCACACGCCAAGAAGGUGUAAUGGAACGUGAGAAUGAUUGCGGUGUCAUUUACGUGGACAAUGCCGACGACUAUGGCGUUCGGCAAAGCAGAUCUACCGUCAGUGAAUCCGAAGAUUCUCUUACAUGUGCCGCAGCCGCCGCGCGAUGGACAUCUAGCUUAGACGAUGCAACUAUAGCUUUCAGGGCUCAAGGGCCAUCCCCUCAUCCCGGCAUAGCGCGAAUCCGUCGAAAGCAUCUCGGCGCCUUUCUAGAUGCAAAUCGUGAUUUCAAGCCCUGGAAGACUGUUGGGAAUGCCGCUUCGAUGGAUCUGACUACGCCAACUUCAACACUGCAGUCCAUGAGCCUGGAUGAAGCACGAAAUGUGCUUGAGAGAAACAAGAGGCUGGAACCAUUGGUAGCUAUUCUAUGCAAGCGGACCCGCUUUCUAGGCCUUAGCAAUUCUUCCUUUGCAGGGCAAUGGGCAACUCUUGACACCCAAAUUUGCUAUGAAAAGAUGUCGAAAGAUGUUUUGACAGGUAAGGACUGGACAUCGAAUUUGAUGAGAAAUUGCCGAGAGUUUCCUUUCGCUAUCCUUAGAAUUCGUCAGGAAGGAAAAGUUGCAAAGGAUGUCAUCGAUCUCCUGGACAAGAGCCAUCUCACAGAGCGAAUUCGAGGUUUCUCGCUCGCUAGCCACGCUAUCUACGAAUUCUGGAAGCCUUGUGCCAUGAGUCCUCCAUUUUGGAUUCCCGCCCUCUCAAGAGAUAUUCGCAAGGUCCCUGAACAUGUUUCCCUUGGCCGUCGCAAGUCUUCGCAGAUCACCGUGAUCGAGCAUGGACAAAACUCAAGUGCCUCUAGUAACUCUGAGAACGAUCGAUCUGGUUCCAGUACCGCCGUUGGAGAUUCUUCUACUACCUCGGUGCCUAACACGCCAAUGUACGAACGGGACUUCAGUAGACUGGAUGCUAUCGCCGAGGUAAAAUCUGCGAAGAAAAUCAGGGUUGACGAGCCAUCUCUUGACAAAAAGUCGCGAAAGAAAGGAAAGGACGAGCGGAGGUACUGGAAUGAGUACGACUAUCCGAGCGAUGAUGAUGAUGAUGCAAACGCGUACUAUAUCUACAUUGACCCGAACAAGGAAGACAAAUGGUUAGGCCAACAAACUGCGGAGCUUCUCUUUGCAAAGAUCACCUCAAUCUUCUCUAGGAACAAGAAAUCAAUCACUGACGAAGAGCGGGCGCUCAGUCAGCCGCUCACAGAAGAAGAGGAGGACUCAGAGAGUACAACUAGUCCUUCUGAUUCAGAACUGGAAUGGGCAGGCAACAAAAAAUCAUUCCUUUCGAAGAUUCGCGGCAGAAAGCGCAAUGAUUACGGCACCAUGAACAUACAUCAUAACCAAGUGAAGCGGGCCAACACUCAAUUGAAACAUCUCAUCCUGCCAGCUGUCGAGACAGAGUCGUCCGCAAGCACGUCUUCUCGUCUUCUAAUUACAGCUAUUUGCCUCUCUGCAAGUGUCAUCCUAUGUGUACUUGAGGGCAUACUUGCCACAACUGGACGCAAGAAGCAGAAAGGUGAAGUGGAUGCUGGUAUCCUCCUCGGCGUCAUCGCGAGUCUGUUCUUCGCGCUUGUCGGUGUGACAAGUGUCCUGACGGCCAGAGACGGAAUCGGCAUUUUCAAAUGGGCAUGCAUCGCCAUCGUGUUUUCGGUCGUGUGCGUGGCAGAUGGAAUCUUAGUAGGUUGGAUAUUGGUUUAAUUUGUUUCGUUUUUCCAGAACACAGCAGGCGGCACGAUGUGACAUCAGCUUGAGCAGCGGGAUUCUUUGUUGUAUUACGAUUUAGACUGAAAGAAAAAAAAUCACGAAAUAGGUGAUGUCAAGGAUUAGAUAAAUGCAUGAAGCGGGCUACGAGUUCCCGUGGGUUCACCCGGAACUGUACGUACUAAUGAAAAUUGUUUCUUUCACGA